GUUGGGCCAUCACUAAAACUGCAAGCGAUCUGGUGGCACUGCUUCAGUUCGCGUUAAUGAAAAAAGUCGUGGUGAAUCUGUGUUGUGCUCAAAAGCAAAUAAAUAAAUGCCAAUCACAAAUGUAUAAAAAAAGUUUAUAUACAAUACAGGCAUUUAAAUAAAUUGCAGUGUUUUGCAAUAAAAUGCACGCGUAUGUGUUAGGCGCGAAUAAGAAUCGUCGUGUAAAGCGAUAAAACAAAAACAAAAGCAAAAAAAUUCCAGAGAAUACGAUACGAAAUACGCGGAAACAGCGUAAAAUAGACAAUAAAAGACAAACAAAAACAAAAAAGCGAACUUUGUACGCUGCAAAUUAAAGCCAAAAAUAAAAAAAAAGUGAACUAAAUUGUGUAAAAAUGUCUGCACAACGCUUGAACGCAGCUGAAAAGGAUUUGGAGAAGUUUAUUAAAUUUCUAGCGCUAAAAGCUACACAGGUGGUGGUGCAAUCGCGUCUGGGCGAGAAAAUCUCAACGCAAUGUAAUCCGCUGGCGGGCAACGAUUGGUUCAACAUUGUGGUGCAUGAUCAUCCAGAUGUGCUGGAGGAAACCAAACGCGCCCUGGCGCUUAAACCAGGCGAUAGCAUCUUACAACGUUUGCCACUGUGCGUAGAAAUUUCACUAAAGACCACAGAGGGUGAUCAAAUGAUACUCGAGGUGUGGUCAUUGGAUUUGCUGCCACUGGAACAAAAGUUAAUAGCUGGUGAGGAGUGCAAAGCAGAAGCAAGCAACGAAAGCCAGACAUUAAAGGCAGCACAUGCUAUAUACAAUCGCAUGGGCAUUAUGCUGAAGUCGCUAAUUUCACUGACGCGCACCACGCCCGCAUAUAAAUUAUCGCGUCGCCAGUGUCCAGACUCUUAUGGCAUAUAUUAUCGCAUUUAUGUGGACCGCCCACAGGUGCAUACGCUAGGCGAGGCGUACAAGCAGGUGAAGAUUGGUCAGCUCAAUACCAUUGUGGGAGCGCUGAUUAUGUCUGUGGCCUAUCGCACUAAGCUAACCAUCUCACCAACUGUCGCAUACCAGGCGGCGCAUCAGUCUGAUGCAAUCAUGCUCAAGUCGGAUCACUUUCGUCCUGCCAAUGACAGCAAUACGUCCACGCCCCAGCAAUUGUCUACAGUGAAGCCCCCAGCCAGCGCUGGCUUGGGCGUGGCACGUGCCACAAAUGUGAAUGACAAGCGUGCCAUAGAUAUAGAGAAGCCGCUGCGUCCCGGCGCCUUCACAGAUGUGGGCAAGCUACGUCAAUUCACAGAAACAGAUUUUCUGCUGCCAGAGACGCCGCCCUUUGAGUGGCUAUUGCGACGCACGCGCCAUGAAAGCAACAGCUCCAUUGAGUCCUUGAAUCGCAAAUGUGAUUCACCCGUUAACAACAACAAUAACAAUGUAAACUUUAAUGGCAGCAACAACAAUAUAAACAACAAUUUAAACAACAACUCGACAGCAUUUAAGAGCUUCGAGAAACCCACAGCUGUGCAAGAUGCAGUCUCGCCAAUCAAGAGUCUCUUAAUACCCGCCAGCAGUGCCAGCUAUCGUCAUAAUUCAGCGCCCACGUUUCAGCAACAACAACAAGCGCCGCCAGAUGAUGACAGUUUGCUCAAGGAGCUACACUUUCCUUUCGCCUCGCCCACAUCGCACGUCAAUGAUUUGGCCAAAUUCUAUCGUGAAUGCUACCAUGCGCCGCCGCUGCGUGGUCUGGGCGAACUACAAGCGCCCAACAUGUCCAGCUGUGGUGUAAGUGCCAGCUCCACAGCGGCUGCCAGCACAGGCGGUGGCGACAACAACAGCGCCAGCAGCUGUGGCGUCAUGGACGAUCUAUCGCGGCAGCUGGAACAGUUUGAAACAUCGCUGGAUGAUUAUGAUAAGCUAGUGUCCCAGUUUGGUCUGAGUGGCUCCUCAUCCACAGGUAGUCGCAGCAGUGGCGGGCUGCAGAUGAGCAACUAAUGUUUUAAUUUAAGCGAGGGUAGUUUUAGUAGUUAGUACAUAGUUCAUACCUAAGACUCUAACUAGGCUUUCGCUACUUUUUGCUCAGCGUCAAUUGUACUUUUUUUAUUUGAAUUUCAAGCUGAUAAUACUAUUUAACUAUAUAAGCUAUUUAAGUACAUACAUAUACAUAUGCAUAUGGGCUUUAGUUUGUUUUCUUUUGUGUUUCAUUAUCAAAAUAGAAAGCUUGUCACGUUUCACGUUUACAAUACAUACAGCUUACAAUUGCUGAUUGUAAAUUAAUUUACUUUGUAUAAGAAUGUUGUAUGUCUUUGUUUAUUGCUUUGUUCAAGUGCCUAAUAUGCUCUAUAGUUCUAGCUAAGUAUCAGUUGGCAUCAAAUAUCAUUUUUAAGCAAAGCUAAAUUAAGAAAGUUGCCUUUAUUUCAAAAUUGUUAGAGUGUUGUAACUACAGUAGACAGUCGAUUGAGCUUUUACUAAAUAACUGAAAACUGUGCGUUCUUUUAAUUUUCGAAUGUCUACUGUACUACUAUAAAUAUAAUAUAA